CAACACUUUCUCAGUUUCUGAGCAAUCUCCUUCAUUUCCAAGACAAAGUCGACACUAGCAGUCGACACUUGGAGAUAACACUACAACUUAUUCAUGUCAGCAGAAGAACAACUUCAGGAUGUCCCUGAAAACGAGAUCGAGUCCAAUUGGGACCAGGUCGUCGACAAUUUCGAUAACAUGGAUCUGAAGCCGGAACUUCUCCGAGGAAUUUACGCCUAUGGUUUCGAACGUCCGUCUGCUAUCCAACAGCGUGCAAUCGUCCCUGUUGUGAAGGGCCACGACGUUAUUGCGCAAGCCCAGUCGGGAACUGGCAAGACCGCCACCUUCUCUAUCUCUAUUCUUCAGCAGCUGGACAUGUCCAUCAAGGGCACCCAGGCUCUCAUUCUCGCACCUACCCGCGAGCUGGCCCAGCAAAUCCAAAAGGUCGUCAUUGCUCUCGGUGACUAUAUGAACAUCGAAUGUCAUGCCUGCGUUGGUGGUACCAACGUCCGCGAGGAUAUGGCCAAGCUCCAGGAGGGUGUCCAAGUCGUUGUGGGUACCCCAGGCCGUGUAUUCGACAUGAUCAACCGUCGUGCACUGAGGACCGACAACAUCAAGAUCUUCUGCUUGGACGAGGCCGACGAAAUGUUGUCUCGUGGGUUCAAGGACCAAAUUUACGAGGUCUUCCAACUCCUCCCCCAGGACACCCAAGUCGUUCUCCUCUCCGCCACCAUGCCCGCUGACGUUCUAGAGGUCACCAAAAAGUUCAUGCGUGACCCUGUCCGAAUCCUCGUCAAGCGGGAUGAACUGACUCUCGAGGGUAUCAAGCAGUUCUACAUCGCUGUUGAGAAGGAAGAGUGGAAACUUGACACCCUGUGCGAUCUUUACGAGACCGUCACCAUUACUCAAGCCGUCAUCUUCUGCAACACUAGGCGGAAGGUCGACUGGCUCACUGAGAAGAUGCAUUCCAGGGAAUUCACCGUUUCUGCCAUGCACGGUGACAUGGAACAGAAGCAGCGCGAAGUUCUGAUGAAGGAGUUCCGAUCUGGAUCAUCGCGCGUUCUGAUUACGACUGAUCUUCUUGCCCGUGGAAUCGACGUCCAGCAAGUUUCCCUCGUCAUCAACUAUGACUUGCCUACCAACAGGGAGAACUACAUCCAUCGUAUCGGUCGUGGAGGACGAUUUGGACGUAAGGGUGUUGCCAUCAACUUUGUCACGACCGACGAUGUCAGGAUGCUGAGAGAUAUUGAACAAUUCUACAACACCCAGAUUGACGAGAUGCCUCUCAAUGUUGCUGAUCUCAUCUAGAUGUUGUCUGUUUCUCCUCUCUCCUGCGGGCCCAGUUUCUUGCUUCCUCACUUCAUUUCACGAAUCUGAUACUCUCACGAGCUGACCACGCUCUCUCUCUCUUUUGAUCAGCUCUCUCCCACACUACAUAUGAUACAUGCCCUCCGCCCCAAAAGUCGAGUUAUGUCACUAGUCGUUUCGACAUCCUUUUGAAGAAUAAUGUCUUUUGCUUGGCUCUCUGUAGAAUGAAUAUAUGCAGGCUUUCUUAUACAAAAUUUCUCCAGUCC